GCGGGCCCGGCCGAGCUGGGGGCGGGGGAAGGCGGGGAGCCGGGUCGCCAGCGCUCGGGUCCGCCUCUGACUGCGGCGCGGCGGGGCGAUGUGUGAUUACCAUGGCGAGGAGUCUCUGUCCGGGGGCCUGGCUAAGGAAACCCUGUUACCUCCAGGCUCGCUUCUCAUAUGUGCGAAUGAAAUAUCUUUUCUUUUCCUGGUUGGUGGUUUUUGUUGGAAGCUGGAUUAUAUAUGUGCAAUACUCUACGUAUACAGAACUAUGCAGAGGAAAGGACUGUAAGAAAAUAAUAUGUGACAAGUACAAGACUGGAGUUAUUGAUGGGCCCGCAUGUAAUAGCCUUUGUGUCACAGAAACUCUUUACUUUGGAAAAUGCUUAUCGACCAAGCCCAACAAUCAGAUGUAUUUAGGGAUUUGGGAUAAUCUACCAGGUGUUGUGAAAUGUCAAAUGGAACAAGCACUUCAUCUUGAUUUUGGAACUGAAUUGGAACCAAGGAAAGAAAUAGUGCUAUUUGAUAAGCCAACUAGGGGAACUACUGUACAGAAAUUCAAAGAAAUGGUCUACAGUCUCUUUAAAGCAAAGUUGGGUGACCAAGGCAACCUCUCUGAACUGGUUAAUCUCAUCUUGACAGUGGCUGAUGGAGACAAAGAUGGCCAGGUUUCCUUGGGAGAAGCAAAGUCAGCAUGGGCACUUCUUCAAUUAAAUGAAUUUCUUCUCAUGGUAAUACUUCAAGAUAAAGAACAUACCCCCAAAUUAAUGGGAUUCUGUGGUGAUCUCUAUGUGAUGGAAAGUGUUGAAUAUACCUCUCUUUAUGGAAUAAGCCUUCCAUGGGUCAUUGAACUUUUUAUUCCAUCUGGGUUCAGAAGAAGCAUGGAUCAGUUGUUCACACCAUCAUGGCCUAGAAAGGCUAAAAUAGCCAUAGGACUUCUAGAAUUUGUGGAAGAUGUUUUCCAUGGCCCCUAUGGAAACUUCCUCAUGUGCGAUACUAGUGCCAAAAACCUAGGAUAUAAUGAUAAGUAUGAUUUGAAAAUGGUGGACAUGAGAAAAAUUGUGCCAGAGACAAACCUGAAAGAACUUAUAAAGGAUCGUCACUGUGAGUCUGAUUUGGACUGUGUCUAUGGCACGGAUUGUCGAACUAGCUGUGAUCAGAAUACAAUGAAGUGUACCUCAGAAGUGAUCCAACCAAACUUGGCAAAAGCCUGUCAGUUACUCAAAGACUACCUGUUGCGUGGUGCUCCAGUUGAAAUUCGUGAAGAAUUAGAAAAGCAGCUGUAUUCCUGUAUUGCUCUCAAAGUCACAGCAAAUCAAAUGGAAAUGGAACAUUCUUUGAUACUAAAUAACCUAAAAACAUUACUGUGGAAGAAAAUUUCCUACACAAACGACUCUUAGUUCAUUUGGACAUUGUGACCAUUUUAAGAAACUCAGCACUUCAAAAGAAAAAUCUUGAACAUUUUUUUCUAAAUGGCUUGAUUCAAAUCCUUGCCAGUUAUCACAAAACUCCUUUCCCCUGAUCCUAAGGAAGCCAUCAUCUUAAAAUACAUGUUGAUUGCUGAAGUAAUGGCAGGAGGUAUAGGAUCAAAACGUCCAAAAAUAUUCAUUCCUGCCCUUUUAGAAACGCUGGUACAUUUCCUAGUACAUUCACUGUGUAACUAUUUUGACUAAUGACUUAAAAUAAUGCUGUGAAAAGCCUCAUUCCAUAAACAUCAACGGUCAGAGUAUUUUGUAGAUUUGUUAGCCAAAAUAUCAGUGCUGGAAAUUGUGUUUGCAUUGAAGCUGCUGUUUAAAAAAGAAAAUUUAUAAAUUUACUAAUGUCUCAGCAUGGUAAAGUUUGCACAUUAACAGAAAUUAAGACUGCAAAGCAGGUAAAUUAAAAUUACUCCUUUAUAAACAGAUGUUGGGUUAAUAGCAUGGUUUCUUAUAAAUACACUUAACUCAUUUAGACAUCACAUUUUAUGUGGCUUCAGAAAGUUUUGAGUGGCUCUUACCCACUGAAAACCCAUCAGAAGCAUUCUACUUGGCAAUAUAUAAUUGCCAAUUUUAGAGGCUGAAUAUGGAUGAGUUCAUCAUCCUAGAUUUAAGGGUCUGUAUCUUAGUAUCAGCCAGCCAACUGGUCUUCAAAACUCGUAUCUUUAGGCCACAGACCUAACACAGGUACACAUAUCCUGAAUCUGAGCUAUGGGAAAGUGGGACAUUAAGAGCAGGACUCUGAAAUCAUAAACUUCCUAUUAAUAAUUUUCCAUUUUCAAACAAACAGUAUUCCCUAUUGGCCAAAGGACUGUUUCUCAAGAGGCAUGUAAAUAUAUCCGUCUCUUUUUCUCAUGUAAACUUGAUAUACAAGGGUUAGUAUUUGCUCCUCUCUUUUGUGUUUAUUCAGAUCUGGCCUUUCAACUCCAUAAAACGAAACACCUCUUAUAAUUAAAGAACCAGCAUUUUUCGGGCUUCCCUGGUGGCGCAGUGGUUGAGAGUCCACCUGCCGAUGCAGGGGACGCGGGUUCGUGCCCCGGUCCAGGAAGGUCCCAAAUGCCGCGGAGCAGCUGGGCCCGUGAGCCAUGGCCGCUGAGCCUGCACGUCCGGAGCCUGUGCUCCGCAACGAGAGAGGCCACAACAGUGAGAGGCCCGCAUACCGCAAAAAUAAAUAAUAAAUAAAAUUUAAAAAGAACCAGUAUUUUCUGCUCAAAGGUUUCACCUGGAUAAAUGUGUUAAAAUUAUACGACCUUCAUUGGAGAGCUCUCUCUCAAGAACUAAAGCCAUGGAGUAGCAUCAGUUUCACUUACUUUAAAAUUGUAAACUUUGAAGGUACUUUUUCUUCCAACUCAUCAUGUGGUUACAAUAAAUGAAUGGAAGAAAUA